CAGGUGCGGACUGACCAUUUGGAAACUCGGGCACUGCCCGAGGGCCCAGGGUCAGUAGGCGGCCCCAUGAGAUGCCCCUGGUACCUUUUUCAUAGGCUUUUUUGAGUUUGGCAAGGACACAGGGGCCCCAUGAUCCCCUAUUGCCCGGGGGCCCCAUGAGUUUUCAGUCCGCCCCUGCCUCCGCCCCUGCUGGUGACACCAAGUCAGUUCCCCCAGUGUCAGAAUGCCCGCCACAGUCCAGCAGUCCCUCAGUCCCA